GUCUGAUUUUAUAGUUGAAAAUAAUGGUGUGAUAAAAGAAAAAGAAGACAAUGGCGACAGUUUCACCACCUCCAUGGCAAGUUCUUGUUCUUGUUUCAAACCAUCUUGAUCCAAAAACACUAGCUAUAGCUUCAUGUGUAUGCAAAUCAUGGUCUAUUUCCAUGUCUUCAGAUCAAAUAUGGCAACCCCUUUGCUCCACUCAUUACCCUUCUCUCUCUACACUUCAUACUUGUUAUAAUCCCACCGUCUCUUACCGGCAGUUAUACGCCCUGGGUCAUAGGGCGAAUAACCGCCGGCUGAAACAGCCGUUGAAACCUCGUAUUUCCCUUAAUAACAUUAUUUUUGCACUUAACAUCUAUAAAACCACUACACGCAUGGUGACUUUAGUCAAGCAUGGAAGCCAACUUUGUUUCGACAAGAAGGGUGUUUUUCGGUUCGAUAUUGAUGUCGAGCAAUGGCAAAGGAUUCCUGGCUCUGCCACUGAUGUCAAGAACGGGGAUUUGGGGCCGUUUGAUUCACUCGGUGACUUGAGGGUGACAUGGGAUGUGAUUUUGGAAGGUUUUAAAGGAGUUUUUAAUGUGAUGAAUUGUAGAGGGAAAGGGAGGUUUGUUUUAGGGUUGGAAGGGUGGUUUUCCGAGGAGUUGCCGCCACCGGGAUGUUGCUCGAGCGACACGGUUAGCGGGCUCGUGGCGGAUUUGAGGUUAGGGUUGAAGGUAGAAGAUGGAAGAGCGGUGGUUGAGAGGAUGAGUGCAGGGGUUUUGAGUAUAGUGAGUUGGAGAUAUCUUUUUGUUGAAGAUGCUCUUAGAUAUUUGCAGCAUUUUCUUUCACCUUGUGAUGUGUAAAUAAUGUUGGAAACUAGAAAUAGUUUUUUGUGCAAAUAGUUCACAUAAUUAAGUCAUGUACUAUUGACAGUUUUUGAUACGGACGCCCAAAAUCAGCCUAUGUAAAUAGAGUAUUACCGCUUCA